AUGACAGGACAAACCCCCAUCUUGGACGAAUUCCUUGCCAGCAUCGCUAAUCUGGUUCGAGACCGCAAUGGCGCGCAGCUACAAGACUUCUUACAGAUUGAGCCGCCAUUGCCUCCGACCUAUGAGCGCAUGAUUCAAGAAUUGCACCAGCAAUACCCGCCCGGUCCACAGAGUGACACUGAACUGCAGCGACGAUGUGAGCCGUUGGUCCCCAAAACCAAGGGUGGUUCGUCAUGGACAGCCUUUCCCUCAUUCAUGAGGAUGUAUUUUACCUUUCUGCGCGAUGUGAAUGUCGACAAUUUACUCGAGACAUACAACCUUCUCAGAGCCUUGUUGAAUCAAUGUGUUCUCGCCCUGGGUGACAGCCAGAAUGGUGUUGUCGUCCUAGAAACCGUCCUUUACCUCUCUAAAGUGCUGGCAAGAUUGGCCAUGGGAUUAGACCGUCGACCCGAACUAAUCGCCCAUGUGCUGCGGAAGGAGGGUACGGACAGCGAUGCUAGCAUGGAAAAGGUCACUUUGGUAGAGAAAUCCGCCAAUGUUGUCCGCGAGGCUUUCAUCAAAUGCUUGACCGAUCGCAGCGGCGCUACAGGCCGAAAUGCCAGACCGGAGGGCAAGCGAAAGGGCAUUUAUCUGAUGGCGAACCUAUGCCUCAAGCUUCUGUUCCAGUGCGGGAAAUUGCGCAACGCCGAACAAAUGUUCGCCAGUAUCAGCGCUCAAUCACCACCUUUAGAAUAUUUCCCGGCUUCCCAACGAGUCACCUAUCUCUACUACCUGGGCCGCUAUCUGUUUGCGAACAAUAUGUUUUACUUCGCAAAGAUUGCUCUACAAGCUUCAUACAACCAAUGUCACCGACAAGCUUUCAGCCAGAAAAGGUUGAUCCUCACAUAUCUUAUUCCUUGCAAUAUCGUGAUGGGCCGCUUUCCUUCCCAACGUCUUCUGCAUAAGCCCGAGGCAGAAGGCUUAGGGCAGCACUUUGAGCCAUUAUGUCGAUUGAUUGUGCGCGGGGACUAUCUGGAAUUUCGGAAGCAUCUUGACUUUAGCUCACCUACCGCACAAUGGUUUGCAAAGAAAGGCCUCCUACUCACUCUUCGAAAUCGGUGCGAGAUUCUAGUCUGGCGGUCGCUUUGCCGCAAAGUCUUCGUUCACGCAGGGUUUCACGGGGAUCCACAAGCACAGGCGCAGCGUGGGCCUCCUCCAUAUCUGUAUCUUGAGAAACUAGCGGUGGCCACCCGGUGGCUUCAGACUCGACACAAGGACUCAACCCCCAAUGGAUACGGCGAACCACAUCCCGAUUCGAUCUUUUUCGGGUCACAGACCAUUUCUUUACCCUUCCACCCCGAGUUCGCAGGCCUGGAUACUGCACGAUCCAUCAACCCGUCUGGCCCAGACUUUGGAAUGCUGAAAGAAUUUGGCGACUAUCUCGCACCCGCCGGGGUUUUCGACGAGGAGGGUGGAUGGCACCAGAAUCCGGAAAAUGUCCUGAUCGAAGCUGUCCCAGACUUGGACUAUACCGGGUACCAAAUGAACCCAGUUGGAAUCGAUCAUGGCAUCGUUGCUGUUCCAAGGCUGCUGCGUGGAUACCUGACCCACAGCAACCCCCGGUUUGCUAUUCCUGGAGCUCGACUGCGAGGAGCAUUGCCAACUGGGUUCCCGAAUGUAUCGCAAACUAUUCUGGAACACGAGAGUGGUGACGAUCGCGUUCCUGGAUGGGUUCAGCCUCCUCCACCUUCUGCGAAUGGCGCCCCACGGCGGGGGGGCGGCGGAGGUGGAGGGGGUCGCGUUGUGAAUCUUUCUGGCGCAAAGCCCGUCGGCAUGGCAUGA